UUUCUCUUUUUCACUCCUCAUUCUGGUUGUGUCGUGUGUCAUGCCCUGCAGCCAUGGCAAAGGACCCCUUAGCAGAGGCGGGCUUCUAUUUUGAUGAGCUCAACAAGCUGCGGGUGCUUGAGCCUGAUGUCAGCCAGAAGACUUCAGAGUUAAAGGAGGAGUGCAAAGAGUUUGUGAACAAAAUCGGACAGUUUCAGAAGAUUGUCGGUGGUCUAAUUGAGAUGGUUGAUGAACUGGCAAAAGAAGCAGAAACGGAAAAAAUGAGGGCAAUUGGAGCCAGAAACCUGCUGAAGUCUGUGGCAAAGCAACGAGAGGCGCAGCAGCAGCAGCUUCAGGCUCUAAUAGCGGAAAAGAAAAUGCAGCUGGAGAGUGAGUCAUGUUCUUGUUUCAGGUACCGUAUUGAGUAUGAAGCCCUGUCCAAAGUAGAAUCCGAGCAGGACGAGUUCAUUGACCAGUUUAUUCUGCAGAAGUGAUGACACGACUCAGCAACACAGCAGCCUGUUUCCAGAGUGCCUGUACCAGUCCAGUUCCUCCUGCUGCAACCUCUUUUCUGAAGCUGCCAAUAAACUCCAGCUUUGACAAGAAAAGCAUACACACACAUCACCUGUUAACACCACUUAUCUCAGAUAUGGUUGUGUGUGAGACAGACAGCUGCUGACUGAAACAGCUGCAGCAACCCUGGGAUUUCCAGAAGCGGAGUCCUGGAAUACCUUUGGAACAUUCUGUUUCCAGAGUGCCUGUACCAACUGGAUUGGUGUCCAUGAUCACUUUAAGGGAGAUGGAGCUAUUUAUAUGCAAAAAAAAUAUUUAUAAUGAACAUUAUUUAUACUGAAAGAUUGCUAUGUAUAUCUAGUUUUAUUACCUUUUCUAUCGACUGUGUUGUAUUUGUAUUUGCAUGCAUUUGUAAAUAAGUUGAAUUUAAUACAAGCAGAUCAGGAUUCAUUCCAUCAUUCUGGUGAAACAGCCAGUCAUGUUUGUGUCAUAGUUGCAAUCUUCAUCAACCAUCCCGACAGUUUUACUUGAAAUGCUGUUUUCUGCUAAAAUGUUGCAGAUGAGUUGGUAAUGUUUUAUAUCCAUUCCAUAUCAUAUUCAGAAUGGCUUAAAUAAAGCAUUUUGAAACUUCCA